AUGAGAAAUAAUAAUAAUAAAAUUAUUUUUAUCUUAUUGUUGGUUUUGGCGGUUGGCAAUAUUAUUGCAGAGGUUGAAGAACGUAUUAAAUUAUGCGUUGAAAUAGAGUGUGAUGGACAUUGUCCAGUGAAAGCUUCUUGUGACGACAACGAUCUGUGUACUGAUGAUGCUUGUGGUGGUGAUGGUCAAUGUGUACAUACCCCGAUCUCUUGUGAUGAUAGUGACCAGUGUACCACUGACAGUUGUUCUCCAACACAGGGUUGUGUUCACUCUCCAAUGAGUUGUGAUGACGGUAAUCAAUGUACAUCCGAUAGCUGUAGUUCCGAUGGUUGUGUUCAUACUCCAAUCUCUUGUGACGAUGGUAAUGCUUGUACUUCAAAUGGCUGUGACCAAUCUACAGGCUGUGUAUAUACUCCAGCUGACUGUAACGAUGGUAAUCAAUGUACAAUGGAUAGCUGUGAUAAUUCCACUGGCUGCGUUAGUUCUCCAAUCUCUUGUGAUGAUGGAAAUGCUUGUACCGAUGACAGCUGUAAUCCAAUGACUGGCUGCGUUAGUUCACCAAUCUCUUGUGAUGAUGGAAAUGCUUGUACCGAUGAUUCUUGUGACCAAUCCACUGGUUGUGCAGCUACACCGAUCUCUUGUGACGAUGGUAAUGCUUGUACAAACAAAGGUUGUGAUUCAACAUCUGGCUGCGUUUACACACCGAUCUCUUGUGACGAUGGAAAUCAAUGUACUAUGGAUAGCUGUGAUAAUUCCACUGGCUGCGUUAGUUCUCCUAUCUCUUGUGAUGAUGGAAAUGAAUGUACUCACGAUGUUUGUGAUAUAAAAUAUGGUUGCGUUCAUCAUCCGAUCUCUUGCGACGAUGGAGAUGCCUGUACCGAUGAUUCUUGUGACCAAUCCACUGGUUGCGUAGCUACCCCGAUCUCUUGUGACGACGAUAACGCUUGUACCAGUAACAGUUGUGACCAAUCCACUGGCUGCGUUUACACAGGCAUCUCCUGCUCCGAUAACAACGCAUGCACCAACGAUUACUGCAACAACUCAACAGGCUGUGUAUACUCUCCGGUGGUAUGCAGUUCGUCAACCAACAAGUGUCUCUCGAAUGAAUGUGACGUCAACAAAGGUUGUGUUGGUAACACUAUCAAUUGUGACGAUGGCAAUGCCUGUACCACAGACAGCUGCAAUCCAUCGACAGGCUGUGUUUUCACACCGAUCGUUUGUAACGACAACAACAUCUGCACCACCGAUAGCUGCGACCGUGUCAAAGGCUGUUUGAACAUCAACAUUCCAGGCUGCGGAGUAGUUACCAAACCAAGACCAACUGUAUGUCCAACUCGUCCAGCAUGUCCAUGUACAGAAACCUGUUGUGGUGUUCACUGUUGUCCAAACAUUGAUAUCGACAUUGAUAUUGAUUUUGAUUGUUUAUAA